UCUCCCGCGCUCUGAUUGGCUCGCGCUCUGCAGCAGCCUCCUCACCGGCAGCACGCGCUGCUCCGGUCCGUCAGAGUCCCGGUGCGGUCUGUGGUCCCCGUUAAUAACUGGAGGGAGGACUAUUGAGAGACCCGGACCAGGACCGGACUGACCCGGACUCCCUUUUUCUCUCUGUGUGUGUCCCGAGUUCUUUUGGUCCGGUUCGGCUGCCUGCGUUGUGUGUUGGGAUCUAACCCGGCUCGGCUCGGCCAGGCUCAGCUCGGCUCUUCCCUUGUGGAUCUGUUUUGGUUCGGACCGACAUGGACUUAAACCGGACCGGACCGCGCGGGACGAGGUUGUGAACGGAGGGACCGCCGCGUGCCAGAGCGCGCGCGACCUGCGAUGGCUGAAUGACAGAGAGAGAGAGAGAGAGAGGCAGACAGACAGAGAGACAGACAUGGAGAAACUACUGAGUCAGGUGGUGUGUGUGUGUGUGUUGCUGAGUGGAAGAGUUUAUCCGGCAGAAUUAACCUGCGAGACGUUGAUCCUGCUGUCCACCAACCUGACAGCGAGGACGUUGGCGUUAUUGAACCAGACGUUCACCAUCAGUAACUCCUCAGGUCUGUACUGUCACCUGUCUGUGGACGGGAUAGGAACCUGCUGGCCUCGAAGUGCAGCAGGAGAGCUGAUCUCCAGACCUUGUCCUGAACAGUUCAAUGGCAUCCACUACAAUACCACCACCUCGCCUACAGUUUCUGUACUAGAACCAAAAUAUGAUUUACCAGCACAGAUUAGGAGUAUUGGUUUGAUGGAGUGGACAUCCAAGGGCCUGUCAAACUUUACAGACCUGUUGGUCUCCGACUCUGACCAAGUGUACAGAGAGUGUCAGUCUAACGGCAGCUGGGCUCCUCGAGGAAACUACAGUCAGUGCACCGAGAUUAUCAUCCUGAGGAAAAGUAAAGUUCAUUAUCAGGUUGCUGUGAUCAUCAACUACCUGGGUCACUGUAUCUCUCUGGGAGCACUGCUACUGGCCUUCACACUCUUCAUGAGACUCAGGAGUAUCCGCUGUCUGAGGAACAUCAUCCACUGGAAUCUGAUCUCAGCGUUCAUCCUGAGGAACGCUACCUGGUUCAUUGUGCAGUUAACGAUGAACCCCGCUGUUACCGAGAGCAACCAGGUGUGGUGCAGGUUGGUGACGGCAGGUUAUAAUUAUUUCCAUGUCACAAACUUCUUCUGGAUGUUUGGUGAAGGCUGUUACCUCCACACGGCCGUCGUUCUCACCUACUCCACCGACAAGCUCAGGAAGUGGAUGUUCAUCUGCAUCGGCUGGGGUAUUCCAUUUCCUAUCAUUGUGGCGUGGGCUUUUGGGAAGCUUUACUACGACAACGAGAAGUGCUGGUUUGGAAAGAGGGCAGGGGUUUACACAGACUAUAUCUACCAAGGCCCCAUGAUCCUGGUCCUGCUGAUUAACUUUGUCUUUCUGUUCAACAUUGUUCGGAUCCUGAUGACCAAACUGAGGGCGUCUACCACCUCAGAGACCAUCCAGUACAGGAAGGCAGUGAAGGCGACUCUGGUGCUGCUGCCUCUGUUAGGAAUCACCUACAUGUUGUUCUUUGUGAAUCCUGGAGGAGAAGACGAAGUCGCUCAGAUUGUCUUCAUCUACUUCAACUCCAUUCUGGAGUCCUUCCAGGGUUUUUUUGUCUCAGUUUUCUACUGUUUUCUCAACAGUGAGGUGCGCUCCGCGGUCAGGAAGCAUUGGAUUCGUUGGCAGGACCGUCACUCCUUCCGAAGCCGGGCGGUGCGCGCCACAUCACUUCCCACCUCACCGAGCAGAGUGUCCUUCCACAGCAUCAAACAGUCCUCCAACCUCUGACAGACGGACAGACAGACAGACAGACAGACAGACUGUGUCUCUGUUGGACCUGAACUUAUCCAACUACAGUCCAUGGUUUCAUUCCAGUCAGCUGCUCAGAUGCUUUAUUCUGCAUCAGGACCAGAUUUAACCAACCAGUGGAUCAGUUCAGACCAGCCAAUCACAGUGCAGGACACAGAUUUGCGGGGCCAAUCAGAUGGAGACCUGUAAGUGAAGACUCUGCAAGGCCCCGCCCCUCUUCCAAUCACCAAUCACUGGACUCGACCAAUCAGCCGCUUCCACAGGGUCACAGACACUCAGGCAGCUGGACUGUGUUCAUAUAAUCAAGUUUAUUUAUUGAUUAGUGUUAUUGAUGAGCUAUAUAUGUGUAUAUUGUAAUAUUGAUCACCAGCUUUCUCCUGUUUAACAGAGCUAACAGCACACACACACAAACAGGACAAAGUGUCCUGAGAUAACUUGUCCAAUUCAUAACAGAUAACUUCUGUUAUGAAUUGGCGCUAUACAAAUAAAAUUGAAUUGAAUUGAAUUGAACACACACACACACACACACACACACAGUAGAUGGCAGUAAUUAUCUCAAACAGUGUGUGAUAUGACACUCUGGAUGAAGUCCCUCAGCAUUGAUCAUCAUUGAUUAUCUACAAUCAGAAUAUUUAGUUCAACAUGUACUUCAUUCAAUUCAAUUCAAUUCAAUUUUAUUUGUAUAGCGCCAAUUCAUAACAGAAGUUAUCUCAGGACACUUUUCAAAUAGAGCAGGUCUAGACCGAACUCUUUAUAACAUUAUUUACAGAGACCCAACAGUACCACCAUGAGCAAGCACUUGGCGACAAGGGCAAGGAAAAACUGCCUGUUAAAAGGCAGAAACCUAGGACAGAUCCUCCGGCUCUAGGUGGGUGGUCGUCUGUCUCGACCAGUUGGGGUGAGAGAGAGAGAGAGAGAGAGAGAGAGGCAGAGAGAGAGAGCGAGAGACAGACAGACAGACAGACAGGUGCAUAGCAACAACAGUAUUGGCAAUGGCAAUCUAGCAGGACCAUGGCAGGAGGCUCCACCAGGAUCGACAAGAACCUGCGAGACGAGAAAGCACGGAAGAAGUGAAGUUAGUAACAUGCAUUAAUGGAACAUGAAUGAGUGCAGAAAGAGAGAGGAAGGGAGGAGCUCAGUGCAUCAUGGGAAAUCCCCCGAUAGUCUAGGCCUAUAGCAGCAUAACUAAGGGAUGGUUCAGGACUCACCUGAUCCAGCCCUAACUAUAAGCUUUAUCAAAGAGGAAUGUCUUAAGCCUACUCUUGAAUGUGGUGAGGGUGUCUGCCUCCCGAACCACAACUGGAAGCUGAUUCCACAAGAGAGGAGCUUGGUAACUGAAGGCUCUGGCUCCUGUUCUACUUUAAGAGACUAUAGGAACCACAAGUAGCCCAGCAUUCAGAGAACGUAGUGUUCUAGAGGGGUAAUAGGGUACUAUGAGCUCUUUAAGAUAUGAAGGGGCCUACCCAUGAAGAGCUUUAUAGGUGAGGAGGAGGAUUUUAAAUUCAAUUCUACAUUUUACAGGGAGCCAAUGCAGAGAAGCUAGUACAGGAGAGAUGUGAUCUCUUUUUCUAGUUCCUGUCAGUACUCGUGCUGCAGCGUUCUGAAUUAAUUGGAGCGUUUUAAUGGACUUAUUGGGGCAACCUGAUAAUAAAGAGUUGCAGUAAUCCAGCCUUGAAGUAACAAAUGCAUGGAUUAGUUUUUCUGCAUCUGUCUGUGAUAGGAUGUGUCUAAUUUUUGUAAUAUUACGUAAAUGAAAGAAGGCAGUCCUAGAGGUUUGCUUUAUGUGGGAGUUAAAUGACAAAUCCUGAUCAAAGAUAACUCCAAGAUUCCUGACAGUGGUGCUAGAGGCCAAGGUAAUGCCAUCUAGAGUAACUAUAUCUUUAGACAGUGAGUCUCUAAGGUUUUUGGGGCCAAGAACAAGAAUUUCGUUUUUUUCUGAGUUUAACAUCAGAAAAUUGCAGGUCAUCCAGGAUUUUAUGUCCGUAAGACAUGUUUGUAAUUUAGAUAAUUGAUUAAUUUCAUUGGGUUUGAUUGAUAGAUAUAACUGCGUAUCAUCUGCAUAACAGUGAAAGUUCAUGGAGUGAUUCCUAAUAAUGUUGCCUAAAGGGAGCAUAUAUAAAGUAAAUAGUAUUGGUCCAAGUACAGAACCUUGUGGAACUCCAUGACUAACUGUAGUUACUUCAUUAACCACAUUCACUUCAGUAAUCAUAUUUAUUUCAAUCUGGACACUUAAAUAGUCAAACAAAAAAGUCUGCACCAGAACUCUUCCAGAGCUCCACCACUGCAGCUGAAAGUCCUGAACACAUCACAAAGAGAGCAGCCACCAGGGUCCACUCUGACCAACUGGAAAUAUUCAUCUUGCUCUGUUGCACUAAAGAAAAAAUACCAGCUGAACAUCAGGGGGCGCUAUAUACAAAUGUAUUCAUUAUAACAAUUAUAACAAAUUCUGGGGAUUCAUAUUCAUCAUUAUCUAUUAAAAAACAAAAUUAUAUAAUUAAUUGAUUAUAAUGAAUGCAUACAGACACUCCGGGAAUUUAUCUUUAAUAUGCUGAUGAUGUGUUUUUGUACCUUGAAUAUUUUCUUUCCAUGAGACGGACACAGAACAGUUGAAAAUAUAUAUUUAUCAUAAAUUGUAAUUGUUGUUGUGCACAUUUGCACAGUUGUAAAUCUUAAAUAAGAGUUUGGGGUUAGAUAGAGGUCAGUAGUACUAACAGUAACCAUAGUAACUGCAGUAACCGUAGUAACCGUAGGUUAGAUAGUAACUGUAAGUCUGUGUAAAGGAAAAUACUCAGGAUGAAACACAAACUGCCCCUCUUCCUCCUUUUCCCUGAACUCAUCUUCAUCAUUGUGCCUUGUGUGUGUGUGUGUGUGUGUGUGUGUGUGUGUGUGUGUGUGUGUAGAAAUUAUUUCAAAUCUUAUUUUUUUGUAAAUAUUGAAUUUAUAAUAACAUCAGAUUAAAAUCUAAUUUAUAGUUUCAGUGAGAUGAGGAGCACUUGUUUUGGCUACCCAGACACUUGAAUAAAUGAAAGGUGGAGUGGAUAUUGUGACCCUGCUGUGUCUUCUGAUAUUUAAUAAAUCGAUUAAUCAACAGGA